AUGAGCGGGCUAUUAUCCUCCUUGCUGAUCGGCCCCAUUGUUCGGCAAGCCCGCCGCCGCUUUUCUCAACCGAUUGACUCCCAGCCGUCUUGCGACCAUAACCAAGUAGAAUCCUCCUCAAACGUUCGGAACAGGACAUCCUCAGCAAGCAGCACCAGCAGCACCAGCAGCAGAAAUGGCGAUGGGCGUGUCAUAAUGUCGGACUCAAACUACGAAAGGCAUUCUAGGAUACGGUCGCAUGGUAGCCUUGCGGGGUCCAACGAUGGACCAGCAACCCCCACAUCGACGCUGCUUGACGGGAGUAGCCAAAAUGAUGAAGGCCAUUCUUUUUCACUGGAGCAAAAUAGACAGGUGUCCGACCGUACAUCCCCGCGGAGUUUAAACAUCCAGUCGGGGGUCACACCCAGAAAUGGUUCCAUCGGGUCAGGUCGACAUACCGUAUCUUCACCAUAUGUCAAUCGGCAGGAAAAUCCGAAUACAGAGAUCACUAGGAUUCCAGAUAAUCGCCUCGAUAUGGAUGAUAUUGGGACACAACCCUUACUCCCCGAGGAUGACGGAAUGGGUAUACUACGGCAAAAGAUCCACGCGAUUCGAGACCUGAAGUCCAGCAGUGCAGAGAAAGCGCGCAUGGUUCAUGAGUUAAUGACAGCGAACUACAAUGCUUUACAAGGGGGCAAUGAUAGCCACUCAUUCAAGGCGGCGCCGUCACCAUCCAGUUCCCGUAGCCCAGAAAGGGCCGGGACUCCAACGUCACGUCGGAGUCGGCAAUCGUUGGAUCAAUUGUCCGUCACCUCAGCGUCCCCCAUCUCGGUGGUUUCUCAAACCAUUCGAUACAAUGUGACAGAAGAUGAUAUGAAGCCAACGUUUUAUCCAGGGGCAGAACUUGAUUCUCCUCUAAGUAAUGUCGAGGAUGUGGACGUCGAGGAGCCUGAGGAGCCUUGCCUGGGCUGCUCGCACUAUAAAAGGAACGUUAAAUUGCAAUGUUUCCAUUGCAAGAAGUGGUAUACAUGUCGAUUCUGCCAUGAUGAGGUUGAGGACCACCAGCUCAAUCGGCCACAAACAGAAAACAUGCUGUGCAUGUUGUGUGGCCAUGCACAAUCUGCUGCACAAUUUUGUCGAAAGUGCGGCGAGCUGACUGCACAGUACUAUUGCAAUACCUGCAAGCUGUGGGACAAUGACAGCAGUAAAAGCAUAUACCAUUGCAAUGAUUGCGGGAUUUGCCGAAUCGGUCAAGGAUUAGGGAAAGACUUCUUCCACUGUAAGACAUGUUGUGGUGAUGCACUCGACUCAAUAGAGCAGGAUAGUGAAGGCAGGGGUAUCAAUACGCUUCGAUUCCGAUCGUCCUCACAGAGCGCUGACGUGUCUAUGCUAUCAACUCUAGAAUCGCUGCGAGUUGACACUGGUACCGCGCCGGAGACAAGUCUGAACUCGCAAUUAAGCGCACCUUCCUCCGCUGAGCAGAGUGGACGAUUCUCUUCAUACAGUCUCUCACGUGGCCGUGCGGUGUCCCCUGUGAUUAGUAAUUACUUUGGGAUUCCCCCGUAUCGUGGACCGGAGAGAUCUUAUUCGACUUCAUUAUUUGGGAGGCGGGCAUCUAGAGACGAUGAAAAUGACAAUAGCGGAGAAUUUCGCAUCUGGGGCACGAAGUUUAAAUAUGGAUAUCGUUUCCUUGGUGGGGAAACAGAAUCAGGCGGUAGAGAGGAUGAAGAUGCGUCCGGAGAUAGUAACUCAGAGAAUGAGGUCGAGGAUGAGGACGAAGAAUACGAUGAUGACGACGAGAGAUUCGAUAUAUUUGGUCAUCGCUGA